AUGAAGUGUGUUGCGGUCUUCUGCUUCUUGGCCUUCUCCACGGCCCAAGGCUUCCCAAGUAUCCCAUCCCUUCCAAAACUUUCACCUGUAACUCUACCGGACAUCCCAUCCCUUCCAAAUGUUCUACCUGUAACUUUGCCGGAGCCACAAGAGCCACUUUUGGAGGCUUUGGUUCAAAUUCUCAACCAAAUUCUGGAGGAUCUCCACCUUCCAACCGUCGAUCCCGAGGCCGUUACCUUCCCCGAAUUGGGAGUCGAGGGAGAUCGAGUCAAGAGAGAUAUCUUCUCUGGAGUCACUGGCCUUCCACCAUCUCCAUUGGUCGUAAUCAUCGAGCUUCUGAACAAGAUCCUCGAAUCUCUGAACCUCCCCACCGUCAACCCCGAAGCCGUCACCAUCCCUUCUGAUGCUGGCCGUGUCAAGAGAGAUGCCUUCGAGCCAGUCACCGCUGAGCCCACAUUCGACGUUCUGCUCGACAUCCUGAACCAGAUCUUGGAAUGUCUGCACCUGCCCACCAUCAACCCUGAGGAAGUGACCGUCCCUUCGGAAGAGGGCGGCCGUGCCAAGAGAGAUAUUCCCUUCGGAAUCACCAUUCCUUUCGAAAACCCCCUCGCUGAAUUGAUCGCCAAGCUUUUGGAGAUCAUUGCCAAAUUGGAGAGCUUCGAAUUCGGAACUGGAGCCCCUCUCCCAGUCACCUUCCCAUCAUUGUAA